GACUAACACAGCUGCCCCUCUGGAAAAUCAUUGUCCCAGGUGCUCAGUGUAUAAAUAAGCAAGCAAAAGGAGACUUCGCUGACUUUCUAUUCCUGCUCUUUCACCACACAACACGCUCCUGCGUUUCUAAACUGGAGUGCAACCUUUCCAUUUUGUCCUUGUCCCUAAGUAGCCUUUGUGUUGCCCCAAAGUCCCCUUCCGGGACGCUGGCUAUGCUAAUAGCUUGACUUUGGGUGAUGGGGUGGGAUCUAUACCUUCCAGCCCUUGGACAAGCCCUGCAUUCAACAACCCACCAACUCAAAGCCAGGCCUCCCAGGUAGCACAGAAGGCCCUGCUCUCAUUCCCUCAGCCUGGAGAAACACUCUUCACCACUUUCCAAGAUCAACAUUCAAUGGUCGUUCCUCUUGCCCGAGAAAUUUGGAAGUCUUUACAAUGGAAGAAUACCUGCCUACCCCCAGCCUUGGGGAAGUCUGCCUUCAGAAAGCUCCUUUUCACUACCCACCCUGGAGUCCUCUAAGCAGGUGCUUGAAGCCAGCCAGCCUGUGGCCACGGUUUGCGCUGUCCCUGGGGGAAACCUACAUGCCUGCUGGGAAGUAGCAGGACAGCACUGAGGGCUGUCCCUCCUGGCUGUCAACAACCUAGCUGGCACCCUGAGGAAGUUUCUUGGUGCCAGACAGGCCCACCUCCCUGGCGAUGAAGCAAUUAGGGGCUGUUGCUUCUCUUUUAAAAGCACCCAGCCCAACUCACUCUCCUCAUUCAACACAGAGGGAGGGCAUCUGCAGAGUCCUCGCUCACCCACCCGCACUGCCAUGGAGUGGGCUUCAAAACUGAUGGUUUUCUGUGCUAUCUGCCUUUCCUUAACACUUGAUGCCUCCAGAGAAACAAAAGAGCAAAGCAAGGGAGCUAAAGGAAAGAAGAGAGGAUCAGCAAAAGCCAAGGUUCAGCACCCGAAGGCUCAGGAAUCCUCACCUGACCCGGUGCUGAGAGUAAACCCAGAGGCUUCCACAGACUACACCCUUGUGGAGGAUUACGAGCGGAGCAUCCAUGAGAUGGUUAGCCAGCUGAGGAACAGCUCUGAGUCCCUGGAGAGCAAGUGCCAGGUCAACCUGAGGCUCUGGAUGUCCAACAAGAGGAGCCUGUCUCCGUGGGCCUACAGGAUCAACCACGACGCAGCACGAAUCCCAGCCAACAUCCCAGAGGCACACUGCCUGUGUGCUGGGUGCAUCAAUCCCUUCACCAUGCAGGAAGACCGCACCAUGGUCAGCAUCCCCAUCCACAGCAAAAUCCCAGUGCGCCGACUGCUGUGUGAGCCAAGCAACCCCAGCCGGAAGAAGAAGAGGUGCCGCAAGGAGUAUAAGAUCGUGAUGGAGACCAUUGCUGUGGGCUGCACUUGCAUCUUCUGAGAACCCCCGGAGAGCAGAGCUGCUAUUCCUGCUUCGGGUCCCCUAAGGGUUAGUAGCGCUCCCGUCUUCCUAGCCUCAUCUUCCCCUUCCGUUCUCCCAGAACGUGCUUUUUCUCCUGCCAAGAUGAGGGAAGGUCCAUGUGCUUCCAGAGGCCAAAGCUGCUUUCGUUGGACUCCUUCUCUCCCAUAACCCACAGAGAAGUUGACAGCACAACAUGCACACAGCAAGAAAUUAGAAUCGUAGAGCUGGAACGGACCUUGAGGAUCAUCUGGUCCAACUCUCUGCAAUGCAGGAAUGCAGCUGACCCGAAUGGGGAUCAAACCCACAACUUUGAGUGCUUUCUGUGUUGCACAAAUGGUAAUUAACUGUAUCCAACCCGGAUCCAGAGCAAAUUGCUUCAUUUCACCCUAAUAGCUCUGAAUCUACAGUCACUGGUGCCAGUUUUUACUCUUUGCCAGGCACGCCUGCUCAAUCAGGAUUUCAGCAGAAAGGGAAGCUGCUGUGUGGCUGCUGCUGCUGCGGAGGAGGAAGGAAGGAGAUCCAGCGAAGGUGCAGCGGCUUCAACCAUCUUGCCCUCCAUCUGGGGCUCAAAGCCCUUUAGCACUGGCUUGACGGCUGCUCAGUUUGCAAGCUGACGCUGCAGCCCAUCUGCUGGAGUUGUUCAGGGCUUAGGCCAGGAUGACGUCACCAUGCAAAGAGGCCCUUCCAUGUCCUCCUCCCUACUGGGUUGCACUACCAAAAUGGAGGCUUUGAUAGGACACAUCUUCUGUGUCAGCUGAAGGCCCAAAGCUAGGCCACUGUUCUUUUGACAGUGCCCUGCUGCCUUCUGUGUGGGAGCAGGAGAGUCUGUACUUGCUGUGCUUGGUGGAGAAGGAGAGGCCUUUCAAGGCUACUUGGCAGGCUCUUGCACGCCUCACACAAAACUAACAAGGAGAUGUCUUAUCUUAAUACCAAGCAGUUCUCAGAGUCGUGUGCUGGCAGCCCUGUUCACAGGGCCUAGGUAUCAGCAAAAUGCUUGGUCAGGGAACAAACACUGCGGCUUUGGCACAUGUGCCAAAGACUAGACUCAGGAGGCAGCAAGAGGUCCUGAGGCAACCCAUUAUUUGUGACACCCUAGAGACAAGGACCAUGGCCGUUUUGGGAACCUGCAACCCUUCUGCACAUAUCAGAAGCAGCAUCCCUUGGUGCAGAGCCACAGCUCGCUGAUGAGAACCCAGGAUUUUUUUUGUAUGCUCAAAGGUGCCAGGUUUAACCACAGGCAGCUCCGUUAAAAUGGUUCUCAGGCAGCAAAGCUGCCAAAAGAUCCCUGUCCGAGACUUUUGGGAAAGUGCAGUCAGUGAACACAGGCAAGGCUGGCUUUGAUGGGCCAGUGGUCUGCGUUUGUGCAAGGCAGUAUCACAGGCUAAGAAGUCCAGGAUUAGGAAGGGUGGCGGUGGAGACAGUUCUGGCUUGUGGAAGGCAAGACCCUUAAGCAAAACAGUGCAAGAGAGAGGGAGCCACAUGCU